GGUAAAAUAAGCAGAGCGUCAGCUGAAGAGGUUUGUUCCUUUUCAGUGUAGCGAUUUGACAACUUCGCAACACCUUCGUUAUAUUAUUUUCAACCUAGUUUAGGAGCCUACUCAGUCGCGGGCUGUGAUGAACUACGUACACAAGAUGAGGGCAGUAUUCUUCAACUUUAUCUUCAUGAGUCUGUUUCUACCAACGAUGCAGGAAGAGGAAGCAGCCAGCCCUUUGGACUACAUAGGUCAGAGUUCACUGGAGCCUGGAACUUCACAGACAACUCCCUAUGAGGCUGUGGAGGCAGGAAGAACUUUUGGAUCUGCUUUGAAGGUCUCUCAACCAACCAAGGAGCUCCACAUCAUAUCUACCGAGCCCAGGCCUCACAGCUCCAUGUCUUGGUCCCAGAAGAACCUCUCCCCCUCCCUGGACCAGUCUCUUUAUCGGCCCAGGACCAAACCUAACAUCAAGACGCCAACCACCAAGAGCAGGAAGAUGUUUAGCUGGGGGGACUUCUACCUCAGUGUUGGGACAGCCAAGUUUAGCCUGCUGCUGACAGGGAAGCUGGUGGACCACGUCAACGGAACUUUUAGCCUCUACUUCCGACACAACACCACUCGUCUGGGGAACCUGUCGGUCAGCAUCGUUGCACCUUCCAGGCCUUUGGACUGGGAGAUUUCCGAACCUAGAAGGAAGUCUCGGAACCCUCCGGAAGACUCUGAAUUCCGGUUCUGGAGCCCCCUCCAGUCCAGCAGCAGCUCUCGGACGGAGCAGCAGCAGCAGCAGCAAGAGAAGAUGGUCACUAAGUCCCUGAACUGCUGGCUGGAGUACCAGAGGACCAGCCAGGCCAAGCGGACCCGGCCCUGCCUGUAUGAUCCGGCCCAGACCUGUUACUCUGAACACAACCAGUCCCACUCUGCCUGGGUCUGUGCCAAACCCUGCAAGGUCCUAUGUAUUCUUGUGUCUUUUGUCAGUUUGGACUACAAACUGGUGCAGAAGGUCUGCCCGGACUACAAUUACCAAGACCACCACCAAUACUUUGGCUAAGGGAUGAGAGACAGAAGGGAAAUGCUAAGGGAUGAAUGGAUAAAGUGCAUGUGAGAAUGAGUGCAUUGUAUGUGGUGAUCUCAAUAGCCUAGUCUGUAAAGAUAUGCAUGAGUGCCUUGUAUGCGGUAAUCUCAAUAGCCAAGUCUGUAAAGAUAUGCACACAUCAUUUAUAGGGAGUUGAUGCCUGUGUGCUCCCGUCCUUGCCUGCCACUUAUUAACUUAAUAAUACAGUUGCAUUGCAAUCUUUUUUGUCUGUCUCACAAAGCAAAAUUGUGUAGCCAAUGUAACCAAAAUGUUAUUGUCUUGUUCCAUCUAUUGUGUCAAGUGUUGCUAUUGGUAGAAGUAGCUGGCCUGUGUGA